CCAGCAAAGCCAGCUAAUCGAAGACUUGGGUAUAGUGCAUUGCCAAGGUCUGUUGAAAAAUCGCUGGUUGUCUGUCUUGCAGGUGGUCGUUGGGCUUUCACGUGGAUCUUGACAUUUGGAUCCUUUUCCCCUCCUCCAGACUGCGAACCUUGGGUUGGCUCUACCAUCGUCACGAUGAUGGCAAGGGUUCAGUGUUUCGCCUUUUGUGAACCCAAAAUUGCCCUAAUUAUCAGACCAUCAAUCGCGCCAUCCAGAGACUAAAUAAAUAGGGGCAAUCUCCGUUCAAUCUAUGGUGACUAUUUUUGUAUGGUUUCUGCUUAGUUUCUGCUUGGUCGCGGCUUAGGGUAGAAACAGAUCAAGACUGGCCAUAAAAUUCACCCAUCAGAAGUGGAUUGCGAUGGUUUAAUGGGCACGUGAUGAGGCACUAGCUAGCGGCAAAUGGUCCACAACCCAUGUCGCCUGGAAAAAAGUAGUAAUUCAGGGCUCCUCACCUUCGCCCACCAUCCUCCGCACUGAACGUACCCCAACUCGAUCAAGUCACAGAACUUGACAAAUUCCAUCGGACAAUUCCACAACGACUCCUGAAGGACACGAGAUCCUUCAAACACCCCGCAAGGACAACGCGCAAGGCCCAGAGUCUCGCGCAGUGUUCUUUACCUAACAAACCGCAAUCAUGGGUAAGCUAGGCUGCAGGCACUUCUUGAGCGACCUCCCAAUCAAGAGGUGUCAAACGAUACUAUGGUUCUAUGAAGAGACACCGCUGACCAGGUGCGCGCAGCUCCCAAAAAGAAGGAGCAGCAGAAGAUGUCCCUCGGGGCCUUCUUGACUGACGAAAGUAAGCCCACCACGACAUUUGCCCCUCAAAGGAUUUUGGGAACUGACAAUCCACAGAAAUGGGAUCAUGGGCCGAUGAGAUGGAGGACAUGCCAGUCUGUAAGUUUGCGCUCUGAUCUAACAUCUGCAUAUUUUACUAACAAACGCCUCUAGCUGGUACGUUCACUUUGAUUCCUAAAGCAGACGCAGACACUCACUACCCCACCUACCUCCCUCUUUCUGCGCACAGCACCAGACAAUUAAAUACUUACUUUUGGUAGACUCCCGCACAACUGGCUAUGGACAAGAGCGACGUACAUAUAACUCCACCACUGGUGCUUAUGGAGGGGCAACCUCUGGAGGUUAGUACCAGCAUGGAUUCAGCUGUCUGACAGCAUGUAGCUAAUUGUCCAUGUAGGAUAUUCUGUCCGUGAGGAGCUCCCACUCCCAGAUAAACCCCCAUUCACUGUUCACUUGGGAAAUCUUUCAUUUGAUGCAACUGUUGGUGAUGUCACCGACUUUUUCACUGGCUGCGAAUGCACAAAUGUUCGAAUCAUCGAGGACAAGCUUGAGAUGAAGCCCAAGGGUUUUGGAUAUGCAGAGUUCGCCACCCUUGAAGGAUUGAAGUCAGCUUUGACUCUCAAUCAAACUCAAUUCCAAGGACGAAACAUUAGAAUCAGUGUUGCAGAUCCACGUACGUCAAUAUCCCUGUAUCCGUACUAACACUUGCUAAUUCAAUUCCUCUCAUAGCAAAGGAUAGAGAUGGACCAACCAGAGAGUUCAACGACUGGAGCAGAAAGGGGCCAUUGCCAGAUUUGCCAGGACGAGGAGGCAACGAUAGAAGAGAUUCAGGCCGUGGUGGAUUUGGAUCUGAUUAUGGUGGAGGCGAGCGAAAGGAACGAUUCCCCGAGGGAGAUGGCAAGGUUCGCGACUUCGGCAACUGGGAACGUAAGGGACCAUUAUCACCAAUGGCUCAACCCGAUCGUGGACCACUAAGAGAGGGCGGUCGCCCAGGAACAAACGACGGCCCACGUGGCGAGGGAUUCAGAGACCGUAAAUCCUCACCAGCUGCAUGGGGUGAAGGUCGCGCACAAGGCUCACAGGAAGGCUCGAGACCACCAAGACGCGAAUUUCAAGAACGACCUGUUGUUGAGCGUGCUCCAACUGCUGCUGAACAAGACAAUCAAUGGCGUACCAAAAUGCGACCCGAUGCACCAGCAGCCAAGUCACCCGCCGCUUCUCGAGAUGGAAGCGAGGCGCCUUCUUCCCCAGCACCAGCAGCCGCUGUCCCAGCUGGUGGUAGACCUCGAUUGAACCUGGCCAAGCGAACAGUAUCCGAGGCACCACUUGCAUCACCAUCAUCCGUUGCUGGCGAUUCAAAAGCAAGCCCCUUCGGAGCCGCCCGUCCAAUCGAUACUGCCGCAAAAGAACGGGAGAUUGAAGAAAAGAGACUAGCCGCCCUGCAAGAGAAGAAAGAGGCCGAGGAGAAGGCAAAGGCUGAGGCAAAGGAAGCCGCAGCAAAAGCCAAGCCAGAGGAAGCUGAGAAGCAAGAAUCUGAGGCAGGCAAGGUUGAGAUUCUUCAACGCGGUGAAAAGAGUGCCGAGAACGAGAACCCCAACGGCAAACCCGCCGAUGAGAAAUCCGGAAAGCCAAGGGAAAUUGUUCGUGACACACGACCAAAGGCUUUGGAGACUGGAGCAUGGAGACGCCAAUCCUCGGGACCACCAACACCUAGAGAUGAUACCCCACGUGGUCCCAGAGGCGGUCGAGGUGGUGGUCGAGGCAGGGGAGAAGGCCGCGGAGGUCCACGAAAUUAUGAUGAAGGUCGAGGACCACGAAGAGACACAAACGGUGGAGUUCCAGCAAGCCCUGCCCAAACACCAGCCAGUCCGGGUGGUGAGGCUCCUACUGAAGAAGAUGGCUGGAGUACAGUCUCAAAGCCAAAGAAGAACAGCCGUGGAGGAAACCAGGCCUCACGAGUGAUCGCAUGA